AAGAGGGCGCCUGUCUGCCUGCCUGCCUGCCUGCCUGCCUCCCUCAAGGCUCGACUCGCGCCGCGUCUCAGGACGUCCGUCCGACUAGUCCCGGUUCUCAUCCCGGUCGUGGCGAGCGACUCUGGUCCCGGUCCGGUUCUUGUCUUGGCUUCGGCAUGCGGAGCGGCCGUAUGGCGCGCCUGCUGGUGGCGCUGUUGUGCGUGGAAGUGUCCGCGGGGGCGGUCCGCAGCGACGUGGACUCCGACGACUCGGCGGAGGCGGUCCCGACGCUGCUGUCCGGACCCGGCGACCCCGACCGCCUGCUGGUGUCGCUGUCGGCGUUCGGCCAGAACCUCCGGCUCAACGCCACCAGAGACGGCGGCCGCGGCGGCCUGCUGGCGGCUCAACUGGCGGUGGAGGAACGGUGGGCCGCCGGGGCGUCGCCCACCCGCUCGCGAAUGGACCGGAACCAGCUCUGCCUCUACUCUGGGUCAGUCCUCGACCGACCCGGGUCGCUGGUGUCCCUCACUGCCUGCGGAGGCCUGACGGCUCUGGUGCACGUGGGCGGUGAGGUGCUGUUCGUCCGCCCUGUGGAGGAGCGAGAGCCGACCAGUCGGUUGGGGGCGUUCUCGGGGCUCAAACAUCAGGUGCUGCGGCGGCGGCGCCGAGCCGAACGGGACGCGGAGCACGCGUCGCAACGCUGCGGAACCGCACGACGAGACGUGACGGAGCGGAAGAGUUCAAAGGUCACGGAGGAACUUCGCGCCAAGCGCGCGGCGAUCGGCGGCGAGGACGCGUACACGGUGGAAACGCUGCUGGUGGCCGACUCCGACAUGGUCCGGUACCACGGAGCGGACGCCGCUAAGAGGUUCUUGUUGACCGUCAUGAACAUGGUUUACAACAUGUUCCAGCACCAGAGUUUGGGCGUGAGGAUCAACAUUCGGGUAACCAAGUUGGUUCUGCUUCACAGCCGCCCCGAGACGCUGAAGGUCGGCCACCACGGCGAGCGUUCCCUGGGGAGUUUCUGUCAGUGGCAGCAUGAAGAGUUCGGAGGACCGCGAUACCUGGGAAGCAAUCAUGUUCCCGGAGGACGUGACGAAAUCCCGCCUGUGGACAGCGCCGUGCUGGUCACAAGGACAGACUUCUGCGUUCACAAGGAGGAGCCUUGUGACACUGUUGGUAUGGCGUACCUGGGCGGCGUGUGCAGCGCCAAGAGGAAGUGCGUGUUGGCCGAGGACAACGGCCUCAACUUGGCCUUCACCAUCGCACACGAGCUCGGACACAACGUGGGCAUGAGCCACGACGACGACCACGCCGCCUGCGCGGGCCACGCCUACAUCAUGUCCGGCGAGUGGGUGAAGGGACGCAACCCCAGCGACCUAUCCUGGUCGUCCUGCAGCCGCGACGACCUGCAGAAGUUCCUCAGGUCCAAGUCGAGCGCCUGUCUGGCGCACACGGAUCCGAGGACCCGCGAUCAGCUGCCGCUGCCGCCGAAACUUCCCGGGAUGCAUUACAGCGUCGACCAACAGUGCCAGAUCCUCUUCGGAAGCAACGCCACGUUCUGCUCCGACAUGAAGCACCUGAUGUGUGCCGGCUUGUGGUGCCUGGUGGAGGGCGACGGCUCCUGCAAGACCAAACUGGAUCCUCCUUUGGACGGGACUCAGUGUGGACCAGACAAGUGGUGCCGUGCGAGCGAGUGCGUGAGCAAGACGCCCAUCCCGCAGCACGUGGACGGCGACUGGAGUCCUUGGAGUCCGUGGAGCAUGUGCAGUCGGACGUGCGCCACCGGAGUUCGGUUCAGACAGAGGAAGUGCGACAACCCCCCGCCGGGUCCGGGCGGGCACCCCUGCCCAAACGCCAACGUGGAGCACAAAGCUUGCGAAGGUCCUCCGUGCCCAAAGGGGGCGCCGAGCUUCAGGGACCUUCAGUGUUUGUCGUACGAUCGAAACGGCGGCAAGAAGAAGAGCGACGUGCUGACUGCCGUCGUCGAUGACGAGAAGCCGUGCGCGUUGUUCUGCAGUCCGGUGGGCCGGGACAUUUCGGUGCUGAUGGCCGACAGGGUGAUGGACGGGACGCCGUGCGGACCCUUCGAGGCCGACCUGUGCGUCAAUGGCAGGUGUCAGACAAUCGGAUGCGACGGCGUCAUCGGUUCUUCGUCCAAAGAAGACGUCUGUGGCGUUUGUAACGGGGACGGACGAUCGUGUACCGUUAUCAGGGGAGACUUCAACCACACCAGAGGCAUGGGCUACGUGGAGGCAGUUGUUAUUCCUGCGGGAGCGCGAAGGAUCAGAAUCGUGGAGGACAAGCCUUCACACAGCUUUCUGGCGCUGAAAGACGGCGGCGGCGGCGGCGGAAAGUCGAUCAACAGCGACUGGAAGAUCGAACUUCCGGGAGAGUUCCGGGUGGCGGGCACCACCGUCCGAUACGUCCGGAGAGGAUUGUGGGAGAAAAUGUGGGCCAGGGGGCCCACCAGCGCGCCGCUGCGCCUCCUGGUGCUGCUGUUCCAUGACCGAAGUUACAGUAUUCACUACGAGUACACGUUGUCCCUGAAUGCAUCGCACGACAAGCGCCGCCGCGAGAACAAAGAAACACACCAACGACCACAACAACAACAUCAUAACAACAACAAUGGUGAUCAUCUUUACAUCUGGACGCACAGCGGCUGGAACUCCUGCAACGCGCACUGCGGAGGAGGCGAGAGGAGGACGGCGGUGUCCUGCGCGCGUUUGGCCAACGAGUCCGCCGAGGUCGUGGACGAUUCUUUUUGUCGAGCGGACAAUCGGCCGCCGCCGCGAGUGGCGGCGUGCGACCCUCGACCCUGCCGCUUCCGGUGGGUGUCGGGCGAGUGGGGCCCGUGCUCGGCCACGUGCGGCGCCGGCACGCAGCGGCGACGGGUGGCGUGCGUGCAGCGGCGGCACGACGGCUCGCCGGCGGCGGGCGGCGCGUGGGAGGAGGAAGAGCGGGAGGGCGGGCGCUGCCAGGGUCCGCGCCCGCCGCCCCUGCGGGCCUGCGAGGGACGGCGCUGCCCCGGCGUCUGGGAGGCGUCCGAGUGGUCGCAGUGCUCGGAGGGUUGCGGCACGGGGGUGCGCACUCGCAACAUCACGUGCGGCGGCAACUGCGACCCGCUGACCCGACCCGACCGCCAGGAGCCCUGCCAGGACCGCUCGCACUGCUACGAGUGGAAGACCGGCCAAUGGUCCAAGUGCUCGUCGUCGUGCGGCCGGGGCCUGCGGUCGCGAGCGGUGCAGUGCAUGCACAAGGUGACCGGUCGCCACGGCAACGAGUGCCCGCCCGACGCGCGCCCGCCGACCUAUCGGCCCUGCGGGCGCGGGGAAGCCUGCCGGCGCGAGGUCGCCGGCGUGGACGGCAACACCAUCACCUCGCCCAGGCUAGCCGCCCUGACGUACAAGUGUUCCGGCGACCAGUGGCCCGUGUACUGCCGCGUGAUCCGCAAAAAGAACCUUUGCCAGGACAUGCGCUGGUACCAACGCUGCUGCCAGACGUGCAGAGACUUUUACGCCACCGAGACCUCGUGACCGCCGACGCCGAGUGACAGGAAGUGACCCCCGAUGACAGGAAGUGAACGGUCGCAAACACAAAGACCUUUCUUUUAAAAAAAAAAACAAACAAAAAAAAAAAACCAAACAAACAAACAAAAAAAAACAAAAAAAAGACAAAGCAGGUGGGCGUCCGACGACAUCCGGUUCUACUACUUUUGGGUCUACUAAUUCCAGCUCGACUUCUAAAACCGUUCAACUUGUUCUGCCUGUAAUAGCGGGUUCUACACCUGGUUCCGCUUGUGUUUCUUCAGAACUUCUUCCGGUUCCUCUGAUGUUGAUUCCUCUUAUUUUGGUUCUUCUUCUGGCACCUGCGCUUCUGCUUCCAAUUGCAGUUGUAUUUCUUUUUCGGGUUUACAACUUCUUCUGGUUCUGCUUCUCGUAGUUAGUAAUUCAGGUUCUACUUCUACCACUCUUCCUCCUGCUUGUAUGUCUUCUGGUUUCCAACUUCCUCUGGUUCUACUUGUUGUUCCAAUGCAGGCGGCACCCUUGCACACUUUGAAUACUAACGAUAACGACAGCGCACGCUACUCCGCUAAUAAUGGCUGCGCCUGUAUGAAAGCCUGCACUCGGCCAGUGUCGCUAACCUCGCCGGAGUGACUACGCCCCCAUCAGUAGCAGGAAGUGUUUCACAGACCUCGUAACGCUUCCGAUGCUAAUGCCGACGUGCAUUAGCCUACUGAUGCUAACCGAAGCCUAAAAAGACAUGUUUUGAGACGGGAAGUGGAGGGGCGGGACCAGGUUUGUCAGACAGCUCAGUGUUUACCGUUAGCAGCGACCUGGAAGUCAGCACGACGAUGUCGUCAGUUGGCUCCUCCCCUUCCUUCCCUGACAGGAAGUGUCAUCAGAGGUGCUAUCUUAUCUUGUAUUAUUAUUCAGAUGAUUUAACACAUGACUGAUGGUUGAUGUUUGGAUUAGUCAGCUGCCAUCUUGUGUACUUUUUGUUCUUGAUGUCCUUCUUGGUGCUCGACACAAUAAACGUUCUCACGUGGCUCACGUGAGCACUCUACCGACGCACCUCCUGUCACAAUGUGCAACCUUUGAUUCCGGUUCUACUUCUUGAGACUCCGCUGUGUACGUCCGGUUCUGCUCCUCGGUGGGAUUCUACUUUUGGCUCUACUUCUUCCGCUUUUCCUACGUGUGCUGCUUUUUCUGAGAUCGCUGUCGCCUUCUGGUUCAUUUCCGGUUCUCCAGCUUCUUCUGGUUCGACUUUUUCCUGGUUUGGCUUCAUGCUCAACCAAAGCCUAUCAGUUCCGUCUAACCGAGGUCCGCUCUCGCCAAAUGUUCUACUAUGUCGGUAUUGUUUUAAAAGUGUGUUUAGAGACGAAACAAAAACAUGCCUCGGGUGUAUUUCUAUUUCGAGAGUUCUCGUGACGGAGAGGGCUUUGCUGUAAUCCCCCCCCCCCCCAGGCGGCCGAGGACAGACACAGCCGGCGGCGCACGUUCGACUGCUUUAUUGAACAAACGCUACCAGGGGAAAAAAAAACGCCUAACAAACGCGUUCCUACACAACUGACGCCCGGACCGGCUAACGGUGCGUUUACAACGGUCGACUCGACGCUCUCGUUCGCGGGCUCCCGCGUCAGGGACCCCCGCGCCGGUCGGACGGGGGCAGUUGUCCCCCCCCCCCCCCCCCC